AUGGAUUCAUCGCCUUUCGUUCAUCGCUUUGCACUCUGCAACGCCAGGUACACCCGGUCGACAAACUCGACACGUCAUGGAACGGCCGGAUACGCUGGCGAUGGCGCGAGCAGCGAGCCUACAGCAAAGGCCGCGAUGACCAAAGGUCGCACCGCAUCCAAGAUGACGCCCAUCAUGGCGUAUCACAAACUCGCAAGCCCGAUCCGAAGCCAGAGCAAGCGCAUGAAAGUCCGUUUCAAGUGGAUGUCGAUCAGGUCAAUGCGACCGUGGAAUGCUGAUGAAUGGGGAGCAUUUGUAUCAUGGAUUAUGCUUGGUCAUAUUGUCUGGGUGCUUGUCGGGACGACGACCUUCUUCUCGUUGCUCAUCCUCUCCAUCAACACUGUCUUUGCACAAGGACUGACAGUCAUCUUUGAGUCUGCCAUUGUUCCCAAGUGGAGGAGCGGCGUCAUCUCCUUCCGCAAUGUGUUCGUUUCGCGUCGACCGGGACAGCAAAAGUCCACUGUCAGUAAGGGCUCGACCGACGCGGCCGCUGUGGCUGCUGCAAAGGGCGCCCAGCAAGGGGGCACUGCGGAUGAGGAGGACGACGGCAACUACACCCAAUUCGACGUGACCAUUGCAAACGUUAACGUCACGCUGUCUUUCUUAAAUUGGUGGAAUGGAAAGGGCCUCCUGAAGGACGUGGAAGUGAAGGGCGUACGAGGCGUCAUCGACCGCACAUCGGUCCGCUGGUCGUCAGAGCAGGUCGACCCGUUGUCAUAUCGGCAUGAGCACCAGCCUGGUGAUUUCGAAAUGGAGUCUUUCAAGCUCGAAGACUUGCUGCUAACCAUCCACCAACCACACGGGUUCCGGCCCUUCUCGGUCAGCAUCUACUCGUGUGAGCUCCCCCAACUGCGGAAACAGUGGCUCUUUUACGACUUUCUCUCAGCGAAGCACAUGUCAGGAUCCUACGACGGCUCCUUGUUCACGAUACACCCCAAACAAGUCCAUGGGACGUCGGCCGGGGAGAACCAGGGCAAAGCUCUUGGCUUUGGCGAGGCGGAUGCCUGGGAAAAGUUCAGCAGACUGAGGAUCGACGGUCUGAAGAUAGAUCACCUCAACCGUGGGGUCGAAGGUCCGUUUGGCUGGAUCUACGAAGGUGACGUCGACAUCAUCGCCGACAUUGCGUUCCCCGCGGAUAAUGAUGAGAGCAUUACAAAGGUCGUCUCGGACUUCUACGACCAACUAGAAGAGGUUGUCGUAGCGAAUCGGCAUCGAUUUAUCCGCAACAUCAACGACAGCGCGCCCGACAUGCUUCGGUCAGGGCACUUGUCCGAGGCAUUUGAAGCAGAAGCAGCGGCGGCAGAAAAGGCCGGUGCUGACAAGGGGGCGGCAGAGGACGCUUCCGACGAAGACCGGCGGUAUCUGCUAAUGGAUCUGCGCAUCCACCUCAACGAUGUGAAAGCUGCCGUGCCGCUGUUCACCAAGGACUUGACCUAUGUCAACCAGGCCCUGGUCCGGCCCAUUGUUGCCUACAUCAACGCCAAGAAGACGUAUAUUCCCAUAUCCUGCCGCCUCGUCAAGAGAGCCAGUGACUUUGACGGCAGCUGGAGCGUCUACGACUGUGGCCUCAUGAACGAUAUGUCUGCCGAGACAUAUGAUGCCUUUGCAAUGGACAUCGAGAAUCAGCAGAGUCGGGUGAGGCGCUUCAAAAAGGUCGGCUUCUGGACCUUGUCGCUUGCUAUACACGCUCUGUUCAUGGGCAUGGCGGGCCAGGUUGCGUGA